CCUGACGUGCUUGACAGUCCGUAGCCGGCGCCGAGUCAGCUGGUUUUGGAAUUGCGCUGCGUGCCUGCGGGUUGGGGUUCUCUGGUCCCGCCGGCCCCGCCGCAGCCAUGUCGUUCUUCCCGGAGCUUUACUUCAACGUGGACAAUGGCUACUUGGAGGGACUGGUGCGCGGCCUAAAGGCUGGUGUGCUCAGCCAAGCCGACUACCUCAAUUUGGUGCAGUGCGAGACGCUCGAGGACCUGAAGCUGCACCUGCAGAGCACUGACUACGGUAACUUCCUUGCCAAUGAGGCAUCACCACUGACAGUGUCAGUCAUCGAUGACCGGCUCAAGGAGAAGAUGGUGGUAGAGUUCCGCCACAUGAGGAACCAUGCCUACGAGCCACUCGCCAGCUUCCUGGACUUUAUUACUUACAGCUACAUGAUUGACAACGUGAUCCUACUCAUCACGGGCACGCUGCACCAGCGCUCUAUCGCCGAGCUUGUGCCCAAGUGCCACCCACUAGGCAGCUUUGAGCAGAUGGAGGCCGUGAACAUUGCGCAGACACCUGCUGAGCUCUACAAUGCUAUUCUGGUGGACACACCCCUGGCGGCUUUUUUCCAGGACUGCAUCUCAGAGCAGGACCUCGAUGAGAUGAACAUUGAGAUCAUCCGCAAUACGCUCUACAAGGCCUACCUGGAAUCCUUCUACAAGUUCUGCACCCUACUGGGCGGGACCACAGCUGAUGCCAUGUGCCCCAUCCUGGAGUUUGAAGCAGACCGCCGCGCCUUCAUCAUCACCAUCAACUCCUUUGGCACAGAACUGUCUAAAGAGGAUCGUGCAAAGCUCUUUCCACACUGUGGGCGGCUCUACCCAGAGGGCCUGGCCCAGCUGGCUCGGGCUGAUGACUACGAACAAGUCAAGAACGUGGCUGACUACUACCCGGAGUAUAAGCUGCUCUUUGAAGGAGCAGGGAGCAACCCCGGAGACAAGACCCUGGAGGACCGAUUCUUUGAGCAUGAGGUGAAACUGAACAAGUUGGCCUUCCUGAACCAGUUUCACUUUGGUGUCUUUUACGCCUUUGUGAAGCUCAAGGAGCAGGAGUGUCGCAACAUUGUAUGGAUUGCCGAGUGCAUUGCCCAGCGUCACCGCGCCAAGAUCGACAACUAUAUCCCCAUCUUCUAGUGCCCUGGCCCAAGGCUCCCCAUAAGUGUGUGUGUGUCUGUGCUGUGACCGAGGCUCCAGCUCACCUGCCUGUUCUGGGGGUAGCACAUUGUCUUAGUGGCUGCCCAGUUUCCCUGACACUCUGCUCUUGGGCCUGAAAAGAGGCUGAGUACCUGUUCUCCCCACCAAGGAUGGAUGGACCAAGGCCCCACCUCCAGAUCAAGGAGGCCCCUCAGUCCUGUUUACAGCCACUGACAUGUCUGAGAAGCAUGUGGUCACUUUUGUGUCCUUCCCUAACCUGAGAAUCACUGGGGGCAACAUGAGCCUCCUCUCUCCUUUAUGGGUCAACCCCAGAGACAUGGCCCAGGGGAAGGAUAGUGUGUGUCUUUGAGGCAUGGGGGUGCAUCCCCCUCCUUCAGCUCUGCCCUUCAACAAUAAACUGCCCUCUCCAAACCUG